AUGUGGGAAAAUAUAAUUGAAUACCUUAAGGAUCCCCUUCUUGUUGUUAAAGUACAGAAUUUUUUUGGUAUUGUGUAUAAAAAAAUAAACAACAAAGAUGAAACCAGUGUAAUACAUUCUGAUAGACUUGAAAAAUAUGAAGAAUUUGAUAUUAAACAACAUAAAAGAAUUCCAAGUGAUAAUUCUGGCAGUUCCAUAACCUCAAGUGAUACAGAGACAUCUGAAGAGAGUGGCCCUGAUGAGUUGGACCUUAUGAUAGGCAAUAAGUUUUGGUAUUACUUGUUUGUAAUAGGAACAGCUCUUGGAGAUGAGAUAUUUUAUGCAACAUUCAUACCAUUCUGGUUUUGGAAUGUAGAUGGAGCAGUAGGACGGAGAGUAGUACUUGUUUGGACAGUUGUAAUGUACAUAGGUCAAGGUUUUAAAGAUAUAAUCCGCUGGCCAAGACCUGGAUACCCAGUCAAGAAAUUACAAGAUAAAUGGGCAAUAGAGUAUGGUAUGCCAUCAACCCAUGCAAUGGUGGGCGUUUCGAUUCCUUUCUCUGUUCUCUUUUAUACUAUGGAUAGAUAUCAGUAUCCAAUGCAUUGGGGUCUCAUUAUAGCCAUUUCAUGGUGCACCUUAAUAUGUGUUAGUAGAGUUUAUUUGGGAAUGCACAGUGUUUUGGACAUUGCAGCGGGUCUUGUGCUGGCAUCUACACUGCUGUUGGUACUUGUUCCUCUUGUAGAUUAUCUGGAUGCGUUGUUAUUGACCAGCCACUCAGCACCCUUGGUGGUGUUUGCUGUUUCUAUCCUUGUCAUUGUCUACCACCCACAAUCUGACAAGUGGACACCUACACGAGGUGAUACAACAAUGAUAGUGAGUGUAUGCGCAGGAAUCCUAAUUGGUUCUUGGAUUAACUACCAGUUAGGAAAUAUGUCUCCACCACAGGCUACACCACCCUACCGCAUUAUCUGGCCCUCCGUUGAGAUGUUUGGAUGCCUCCUUCUCAGAACCACACUUGGCUUCUGCGGGGUCUUAGCCACCCGGGCAAUCGCUAAAUCCUUUUCUUACGCCGUCAUAUGUGCUCUACUCGGUAGAGACAAGAAUGAACUCCGAAACUCUGAAGAUAGCUUAGACAAUAAACACAAGAUCUUUGUUGAAUGUUGCUAUAAGUACUUCACAUGUGGUCUUAUUGGCCUUAACACAACCUAUGUGUUUCCAAAUGUUUUUGACCUAUUGCAAAUAAAUAGACCCACAUACUACACUGAAAUUUGA